UCCUGGCUUCAGUUGCCAAGCCAAGUCCCCCUCUCCUCAAUUUCAGAAAGGGGAGGUACACUUCUAUGGCGGAAGCCUCCUGCUGUUUUCAAGACAAAACCCUAGACAAACAAAAUCCCUCUUACAAUCCGAUCAAUAAAACCUUCCACAUCGAUUCUCGUUCCGGUAAAACCCCUAACCCUAACUCUAAUGCAACUCCUCGACUGUUUACUUAUCUCCUCCAUACCAACGAGCAGUGAUUGGAGAUAAUGCAACUCUGCAUCUCGAAUCACUCCAGAAGUAACUUUUACCGAUUUCUCAAUCCCAUUUCGCACAUAGUAGACAAGGAGCCAAAGACUGUGGCUGGUAUUGGUAUUGCAUGUUUAUACAAUCACGCUCCUCAUUCAAAUCACUCUGAUGUUUGGUUUGUCAAAGUUGUUUCUACUCUUUGUAGUCAAUCCUCGACGACUUCUCUAAGUGGGUUUCAUUCCGAUUAUCUCCGUAAUCAUCUUAGCCCUUCUAUAGCAUUCGAAGUUAUAAGACGCCUAAAUGGUUACCACUGUAAUGGGAAGCUAGCAUUCGACUUCUUUCAGUUCACUAGGCUCAAUUUGAAUGUAACUCAUUCGAUUGCGACUUACAAUGUGCUUCUAAGGUCUCUUUGUCAAAUGGGUUUUCAUGAUUUAGCUAAAUUGGUGUAUGAAUACAUGAGGGUUGAUGGGCACUGGCCUGACAGUUCAGUGUUAGGGCUAUUGGUUUCGUCGUUUGCACAUGCGGGUAACUUUGAUUUUGCAAAACAGUUACUUUCUCAUGCUCAAUCGGAUAAUGUCGAGAUUCGUUCUUUUGUGUAUAAUAAUUUUUUGACUCUAUUGGUGAGGCGAAAUCGGGUACAAGAGGCUGUUAGCUUCUUCAGUGGGCAUAUUUCAAAAUCGCAGUGCUACUGUCCUGAUACUUGCACAUUCAAUAUUGUUAUUCGAGGUCUGUGCAGAGUAGGAGGGGUUGAGAAGGCUUUUGAGCUCUUCAAUGAUAUGGGGAGUUUCGGUUGUUCGCCUGAUGUUGUAACGUACAAUGCACUUAUAAAUGGGUUAUCUAGGGUCGGUGAGGCAGAUAGAGGUCUUGAGUUAUUGAGAGAAGUUCAGUCGGGGAAUGUGUUUUCGCCGGACGUUGUAACUUAUACGUCAGUGAUAUCAGGAUAUUGCAAGUUGGGUAACAUGGAGAUGGCUUCAAGUAUUUACGAUGAGAUGAUUAGUUCUGGGGUUAAACCGAGUUUGAUUACUUUUAAUGUCCUCAUUGAUGGUUUUGGCAAGAGUGGGGACAUGUCAUCAGCACAUAGUACUUAUGAGAAGAUGCUUUGUUGUGGUUGUCUUCCUGAUGUUGUUACCUUCACAUCUCUAAUAGAUGGUUAUUGUCGGAGUGGGAAGGUGGACCAGGGAUUGAGGCUUUGGGAUGAAAUGAAUGAGAGAAACUUGGCUCCCAAUGUAUAUACUUUUGCGAUUCUUAUCAAUUCUUUGUGCAAGGAGAAUAGAAUAAAUGAGGCUCGCGAUCUAUUGAGACAACUGAGACGGAGGGAAGAUAUUGUUCCUAAACCCUUUAUCUACAACCCUGUAAUUGAUGGACUUUGUAAGGCUGGUAAUGUGGUUGAGGCAAAUGUAGUUGUUGCAGAGAUGGAGGCAAAGAAAUGCAAUCCUGAUAAACUCACAUACACCAUUCUUAUUAUUGGGCACUGUAUGAAAGGAAAAAUGUCGGAAGCAAUGACCAUUUUUACCAAGAUGUUGGAAGUUGGGUGUGCCCCAGAUAGAAUCACAGUAAAUUCUUUUAUAUCUUGCCUUUUGAAGGCAGGGAUGCCUAAAGAAGCCUAUAGGAUAAAGCAAGCUGCAUGGGAGGGCUUGAACUUGGAGAUGUCAUCUUUGCGGAUAAGUAAUCCAAUUAGGACAAACAUGGACAUUCCAGUGGCUGCUUAACUGAAAUGGUUGAUUUUCUGAUGCAUCUGGUCUUGUGGAUCCGGCGAUUGCUAGAGGUCCUUCCACUGCUAUGCUUCAAAUAAGAACUAUACCUCCAAUGCCUGGCGUCAAAGAGUUAGCAAGCGCUUCACAUCACAAGCCUAGUCCACUGAUGUAAAUCUUGGAGUGGAAGUGCUGAUCUCUUCCAGAUUGGUUUGUUGUUGUUCAUCAUCGUACUUGUUGCAUUGGACUAUGUAGGAGUGGAAUUUAUGCUGCAGAAAUGACUGGAGGGAUUGAAACGAGAACAUUAAUUUUACUUGAAUUGGUACAUGAUGAAUGAAUGCGGUUUCUUAAUUCUUUGAGAAGAGCAUUAAGGCUGUUGAUAUAUCUAAUGCAACUCGUGAUGGGAUUGAGAAAAUACGACUAUGGCAGAAGCACUUGGAAAUUGUUCUUUGUGCCUUGAAUUCUCGUCAGAGGACUAUUGGCGAAGGUCAGUCUUGUCGAGCAAGAAAAGCUUUAACAGAUUUGGCACUUUUAAUGUUAGAUGAGAAGGAAACAGGUUUCCUUUGACUGAGGAACAGAGGGAAGAAGUGGAAAAGGCUGUGAAGGAACUAGGAAUGGUUUUCGAUGCUUGUAAGAAUGGACUGGAUCCGUUGGAGCGGGAAGUGAGGGAAGUGUUUUGGAAGAUCAUGAGUUGCCGAACUGAGGGCCAUGAGUUAUUGAACAAGCGGAACACUUCUGGGUAAAUUUCAUAUCAGGAAACAGCUGCAAAGGAUCAAAUGUAAAGAAUUCACAGGGGUGGUGUUAUUUCAGCUUUCUGCAUACCUAUUCUAUGUAAGGACGGACUCAAUGUUUAGCAAGAAUAAACAAUUUGCCAGGUGGAUGGCAUAGGUGAAUUGAUGCCAAAUGACCUUCGUACAUGUUCUUGAAAGAGUGUGCCACCGGUCUUCAUUUCUCUUAGUCAAGUCACCUUUCAAUAUUACACUGAAUGUGGUGUCAUAUGAUCGUGGAUAUGCUUAGUGACUGAGGGAGGAGAAGAACAAAUGACAGGAGCACCCCAAAAAGUAAAUUUAGCUUGUUCACUGCAUUAUAUUCUUGUUCUUUCAUUAUCCUUUCUCCUUUCCUCUAUAAAAAUCCCUUUCCAAACCCUGCACAACUUGCAUGUAAGUCUGGUGACAUUGUUCAGCCAUGUCAUUGAGAAUGACACGUCUUUAGAUUUUGAGAAUAGCGUAGGAUUACGUGAUAGGAUGUUAGGUUAGAUAGGCUUCUAAUUUUCCUUAAAGGUAUUUUCUAUUUUGUUCGAGUUUUUCCUCAAUUCCAUGUGAAAUGACCAUAUUACCUAUACCUUUUUGGCAUUGCAUUUGCUAGAUAUGCUGAUAUUUUGGUCUGGAAUUCACUUCAUUGCAUGCCCUCUGGAUGCCCCUUUUAUUUUUAUUUUUAUACAUGAUAGGAUAUUAGGUUAGAUAGGCUUUUAAUUUUUCAUCCUCGAAGGAUAUCUUCUAUUUUGGUCGAGUUUUUCCUCAACUCCAUGUGAAAUGGGCAAAAUACCUAUACCUUUUUUGGCGUUUUCAUUUGCUAGAUGUGCUGAUAGUUUGGUCUCGAAGUCACUUCAUGGCAUGCCCUCAGGAUGCAUUUUUCCUUUGUUUAUCUUCUUAUGUGUAUGUCCAGUGUUCUACUUUAGCCCAUUGUUACACACUGGUAUCUCUUACUCAUGCUUUACUUCGCAAGAAAUUGAAAACCUAUAGUACGCUCAUGAGAACAAAGUGAAAGCAUAAAUUAAGUGGAACAAAAAUGUUCCAACUCAUAAGGGGCUGAAAGGUGGCAAGGGGAGAGAUUGUUAAGGGAAACAAUAUGCACAAGUUCACUACUGUAACUCAACGACAGAUUCAGUAUUUGCCAAGGAGAUUCGAAUUUUCUGGGGAGUUUUUGUGAAUUGCGAUGUUGUCAUGCAUGAGUUGUCAAAUGAGUUCAAUAAGCUAUCUAAAAACGUAGUGAUGAGAUGUCAUUGUUUUAUUGACAUGCAAAUUAUGUUUAUUAACAAAAAGUUUCACCAGAGCUUGUGUAUUUUAUGUCUAGCGUAAGGGGUUAAAAUGCAGAGGAAGUCUCAGAAGCAAACACGAUGCUGACAUUAGUUGCCUUCUAGAUGUGGUAUAUUGUUCUUACGCUUGGAGCAAUAGAUCAUUAAAUUAGUUCGGGGGCUAUGAUCAUGCCUUUAAGAAAGAAGAGAA